AUGGCGUCAUUGGAAGAUAAGGUUGCGCGGCUCCAGGAGCAGAAUGCCGCACUCCAACGAAAGGUACGCAUUCAGGCUAGCAUUAUUAGCCGUCUCUCCAUUCGAGAGUCACAACUGAAACAAGUCAGACGAAUCCCAGUGCUUCAACACCGACUUAACGCUGCCAGGGGUGAAUGUGAAGAGCUUCUGUGUGAGUUAGCUGAACGCCGUGACCGCGAGGCAAGACUGUCAGAGGAGUUACGCGUGCUUCGGAAGUUUGUUGCGCUAGACGCAAAAACAGAAACUGCUGAGGUCGCGAGGUUGUGUGCCAGGUAUGAGGUGAUGCAGGAGGAGCUCAAAACCCUACAUGAACGGCUAAAGACAACCUAUGACGAGCGCGAGGAGUACAGGAAGCGUACUCUUAUGUUAUGUGAUGAAGUGGAAUACUAUCGUCAGGGUUGGCGCUCCCUUCUUGACGAAACACGCAAACCUGAAGGGUGUGUCACCGGGGAGGAAACUAAAGGGAACAUCGUAGUUGAAGGAUGUCGGUUCCCUGUUGAGGAUAGGACUUCGGAAGCUCGGGCGAUUGGUGGGGGAUGCAGUGCCGAAACUGUCAGAGCUGCUCGUACCCUUCCUCAGUGUGUCGAUGAUUAUGAGCCCCCCUCUAGUGAAGCUACACUUAGUGAAGCAUCAGUAGAAGCCGUUGAUGUACUCCGCGAGCAACCAGUUGAGAGUCAGGUAGAACCUUGCCAUGACCAGACGGUGGUCGCCUCUGAUAUUGCUUGUGGAGAACCUGUUGCGUCAGGUGGGGCAAAGGUCCCCGCUGUCGUAAAAUCGUUGCGACGGCAACUCUGUUUAUCGGAGGGAAUGUGUUCUCUCCUUGAGGACAGAUGGAAUGCUCUCAGCGAGGAAAACAAGUCAUUGCUCAGGCGCCUUCGUGAUGAGGAGGCUGCUGGCGCAUCGUUGAGGAGGCAGUUGCGUGAUGUCUGUAGGGAAUGUGAACAUCUAAAGCAGAUAUUUGCGGACCUUUCAAGGGUGAGGUUGUCGUUAUCGUGA